GUUUUUUUUAAUCUUUCCAGGUUUUGGAAAACAGAACCAAGGAUUCCAAACUAGAGAUGGAAGUUUUGGAAAACCUGCAGGAGCUGAAAGAACUCAACCAGCGCCAGGCCAACGUGGACUUUGAAUCCAUGUUGCAUCAGUACAAAGAGUUUGAGGAAGAGCAGAAGCAGCGGGAAUUGGAAGAAGACGAGCAGGAAAUGAAAUCCAUGCUGGAGCAAGCCCAAAGCCGGAGGCUGCUGGAAGAUUCCGAUUCAGAAGAAGACCCCACUCCAGCUCGGCCAAAACCACUUGCAAAAGGGAAGCCCACUGACAUCCUGCAACAGGAUUCAGAGCCACAAGCUAAGAAGCCAAAACUGGAAAGCUGGGAACGGAGUGUGGGAAAACUCUCGGUGAAAACACAACUGUCGGGAUUGGUGACCGCCAAGAAGAAGCCCAUUUCCGGGGCGGCCAAUGGACCAAGAAACCGAGAGGCAGCAUCAGAAGCAGGAGUUGGAGAACAGCACAGUCUCGGCGCUUCUACAGCGACCCCGCCCAGCUCAAACAUGGGGGUCUCUUCCCUCGGCCUUCUGGGGGCUUACUCAGACAGUGACGACAGUAAAAGCGACUGAAUUCUUGGGGGGGAAAAAAACUUGUGGGGUUGCAAGAAGACCUUCUCCAGCACACCCCCCACCACCACCCCCACUUCUGAGGAGCGAAACUUUUUCAUUCCGGCUGAAAUCCGGGAUGUCCUACUGGAUAAGACUGCCAGUGAACACUUUUCCCGGCCGGCAAGAAGAGCAAAGAGCAUUAUUUUGUUUUUUUCCCCAAGGUGAAGUUGGUUGAGAGAGUGGUGUCCUUUCUCAAGUAUUGGCAGCCCGGCUGGGGUGAACAGAAGGUGUGAGUGGGAGGCCGGCGUGCAUGUGUGCAAGGGCAGCUCAACUCAUGCUAAGGGGCUAGGACGCAUGCACAUGUGCGGGCAGCUCGACUGCAAAUUGUCCUGCGUGUGCGUCCAGCCCGCCACUUGCAUGGCCCGGUUCCAAAUAGACCAUGGCCCGGUAGUGGGCUGCAUCCCAGGGGGGAGGGGGUUGGGGACCCCUGUCCUAAUAGACCUCUUGAAGGACUACAUAGAUCUUCUCACCCCCAUCUCUUCUUGUCUAACUCGAUAUUCCUCAACUCCAGCAACUUUUAAGAUGUGCGGACUUCAACUCCCAGAAUUCGUCUUAAAAUUGCUGAGAUGGACAAAUGCCGUUUUAAUGGAUCUGAAACAGAAGAGGUCAGAAUUUACCCUGGCAUGUUAACAGUGGUUAUUCAGAAGAAGACGAUCCUGUCCAGACUAGUGGACACACAGGGUGAAUCCCCACAAUCUUAACUCUUUGCCAAAUCUGCAUUUUCCUCACGGCAGUUCGUAAAAAAAUAAAUAAAUUUCAACUUUG